AUGAGCACCGAUGUGUCGCCGUCGUUCGGGCGGCCCGGUACGGUGCUGCACUACCGACUAAAACGACCAGAUUCUUUGAAAGCUGACGAUGAAGCGCCUGUACUUCCCAUCAUGAUACCAGAGACGACCAUAUACAUGCUAUUUGCGCACCGCCAAUGGCGUGCGGGGAUGCUUCUUGCCGAUGCCAUAUAUGCAGGAUGGGUGCCUGUGGACGACCAGUGGAUACUCGAGCUAGGUGCAGGAACAGGUCUGCCUGCGCUUGCCGUGGCGCUGACAAGACAUCCGCGCAAAGUGGUCGUGACCGACUACGACGAUGCAGCGAUCGUCCAGGCACUGCGUACGAACGCAGCUGAUUGUGCUGCAGCGAACCCCCAGCGGAAAAUGGCUCCGCUGACUGUGGCGGGGCAUACCUGGGGUCAUCGUAUCGAUGAUGUCCUCGACCUGCUGCCCUGCACGCCAACAGAGCCUUCGCCGCAUUUCGACGUGCUUCUGCUAGCCGACUGUGUCUGGGAGCGCUUCUCGCACGAUAUUUUGCUCAAGUCAAUCACGCAUUUACUGGCACGUACACCUGAGGCGCGUAUCUACAUGGUCGCAGGUCUACACACUGGACGAUCGACGCUCGUGCAGUUUUUCCGGCGCGCCCUCGAGGCAGGCCUGCAGCUGGUGCCGCUCCCACACUUGGACCAGUGGCCAAUGCUAAGCACGGACGAGAGCGAGAGUGAUCCCGCGCUGCGUGGCAGUGAGCAUGUGCUCGAGCUCGAAGUCGGCGGUGACUGGGACGACACGGGCGCAUCACAAAGAGAGCCCUGCCUCACUGGCGCGCGACGGGCAUUCCGCACGGCGCGCCCCACGGCCACAGCAGACGACGAGACGAUCCAGCAGCGGAACCACUGGUUGACAGUAUCGUGCUUGGCAUGGGCCGCAAGUACAUGA